CAUCCAUGAAAUUUUUCAAAAGUAAAAAGGAUCUCCCUGCUUGGGUCAACUUCCCAGAUGUGGAGAAGGUGGAGUGGCUCAAUAAGAUUCUGCAGCAGGUGUGGCCGUUUGUGGGUCAGUAUCUGGAAAAGUUGCUGGUGGAGACCAUCGCUCCCUCCAUCCGUUCCUCCAGCACUCACCUCCAGACCCUCACCUUCACCAAGGUGGACUUUGGGGACAAGGCCAUGAAGGUGGUGGGUGUGAGAGCACACACAGAGAAUGAGAGGGGACAAGUCCUGCUGGACGUGUACAUCAGCUAUGUUGGAAACGUUGAGAUUAAUGUGGAGGUGAAGAGGUAUUUCUGCAAAGCAGGAGUCAAGGGAAUACAGCUGCAUGGGAUGAUGAGGGUGAUUCUAGAGCCUCUGAUUGGAGAUGUCCCCAUCGUGGGCGCGGUCACCAUGUUCUUCAUCCGAAGGCCGAAACUGGACAUCAACUGGACUGGAUUGACCAACUUACUGGACAUCCCUGGACUGAACAUCAUGUCUGACACUAUGAUAAUGGACGCCAUCUCCUCCUUCCUGGUUCUGCCCAACCGUCUGACUGUUCCCCUGGUAGCAGACCUGCACGUUGCCCAGCUACGCUCUCCUCUGCCCAGGGGUGUGGUACGUAUCCACCUCUUGGAGGCUGAUGACCUGCCAGCUAAGGACAACUACAUGAAGGGUGUGAUAGCGGGUUUGUCUGACCCGUAUGCUCUGUGUAGGGUGGGGCCUCAGACUUUCACCUCCCACGUUGUGGACAACACUGUCUGUCCCAAGUGGGGAGAGAUGUAUGAGGUCAUAGUCCAUGAAGUACCAGGUCAGGAGCUGGAGGUGGAGGUUUAUGACAAAGACCCAGACAAGGAUGACUUUCUGGGGAGAACCAAGAUAGAUUUGGGUAUCGUCAAGAAGUCCAAAGUUGUUGAUGAAUGGUUCACCUUGAAAGAAACCAAGUCAGGACGUGUCCAUUUCAGACUGGAGUGGUUGGUCUUGUUGCCCAAUACGGAGCGACUGGAACAGGUUCUUCAGAGGAACGAGAGCAUGACGGUGUCCAGUAAGACUUCUGACCCCCCCUCGGCAGCCAUCUUGGCAGUGUAUCUGGACAAGGCUGAAGCCCUUCCUAUGAAGAAGGGCAAUAAAGAACCUAGUCCCAUGGUGCAGUUGUCUGUGCAGGACAUCACUCGAGAGAGCAGGACCUGUUGGACGACCAUCAACCCAACGUGGGAGGAUGCCUUCACCUUCUUUAUCCCAGAUCCACACAAGCAGUCAAUAGACAUUCAGGUGAAGGACAAUGACCGGAUACAGACUCUAGGUAGUCUGUCCAUCCCUCUGUCCCGCCUGCUGUCGGGCCCCAACCUGUCUCUGGACCAGUGGUUCCAGCUAGACAAAUCUGGCCCUGCCAGCCGCAUCUACAUCAACACUGUACUCAGGGUGUUAUGGUUAGAUGAGGAAAACAUCCCCACUUCCUCUACAGAAGCAGCCAACCUAGCAGCAGGUCUCUCAAAGAUACGCCCCCAACAGACCUCCCCUGAUCCCAGCUUUGCCACAGAGGGGGUGCUGAGAAUCCACCUUCUAGAGGGCCAAAAUCUGGUCCCCAAGGACAACAUGAUGGGGGGCAUGGUGAAGGGCAAGAGUGACCCCUAUGUCAAGAUCAACAUUGGGGGUGAGACCUUUGAAAGCCGGGUCAUCAAUAGGAACCUCAACCCCACCUGGAACGAGAUGUAUGAGGUGGUUCUGACCACACUGCCUGGCCAGGAGCUGCAUGUAGAGCUGUUUGAUAAGGACAUGGACAUGAAGGAUGACUUCAUGGGAAGGUUGAAGAUCAGUCUGAAGGAUAUCAUCACCUCUCAAUACACUGACCAGUGGUACACUCUGAAUGAUGUGAAGUCAGGUCGUGUUCACCUGGUACUGGAGUGGGUACCAACAGUAUCAGAACCAGACAGACUGGAUCAGGUGUUGCAGCUGCAGUCUCUCCAGUCCUACCAGAACAAGGCUGUUCCCUCUGCUGCUCUGCUCUUCGUCUACAUGGACAGAGCCCACUCACUGCCUUUGAAGAAGAGUGGGAAGGAGCCAAAUGCUGGAGCUGAGCUUGUUCUGGGGGAGACAACCUACAGAACCAAGGUGUGUGAUCGUACCAACUCCCCCCAAUGGGAAGAGGCUUUCUACUUCCUGGUUCGUGACCCCACUCUCCAGUGCUUGGGAUCAGGCAAUUGGUUCUCUGGUGGUACCAGUCAGAGAGCUGCUGUCAGAACCAGAUCUGGUCCUGGAUCAGUGGCUGAGACUGGAUGGAGCCUCACCUGACAGUCAGAUUCUACUGAGGGCUGAACUGAAGAUCCUGAACUCGAAGAUGACUGAGGGUGUUGGGGUACCACAAGGCUCUGUCUCAGGUCCAGAAACUAUUACUAGUUGGAGUUACAGUGAGGAGGAAGAACCAAUCACCAUUGAGCAGCCAGUUACUGCGACCAUUGAGGAGGACCAACACAGUGAGGUGCCCUCUGAGGAAUCUGUUGCAGUCUCCAGCCAACCCUCUAUCUCUGAACCUGAGGAAGCAGAGGUUGUCCCUAAAGAAGACCCCAGCCCUUCUGAGACACUCCACACACAUACCACCCCUGACCCCAGCUUUGAAACGGAGCAGAAAGAGGAGCCAGAAGAACCUAUCACCAUCACCCAACUGUCAGUCACAACAGACACUGAGGAGCUCCAACCCUGGCAGGGGCAAAUGGCAGGAUCUGUUACAGAGGACAUUGCCAGAGCUACAGUGUCUAGCCUUCCUUCUGUGUUUGUACAUGAGGAAGCUGAGGCCAUGCCUGAUGUCAUCCCUGAAACACGCCCUCCUCACACUACCCCUCACCCAAGUUUUGGAGCUGAGGGGGUGCUGAGAAUCCAUGUACUGGAGGCCCAGGAUCUGGUUGCCAUGGAUAAGCUGAUGGGGGGCCUGAAGAAGGGCAAGAGUGACCCGUACGUCAAGAUCAACAUCGGAYUGGUCAAGUUUAAGAGUCAUGUGAUCAAGGAGAACCUCAACCCCARCUGGAARGAGAUGUUUGAGACGGUGCUGACCCCCCAGGCUGGUCAGGAGGUCCAGGUAGAGCUGUAUGAUAAAGACAUGGACAAGGAUGACUUCCUGGGAAGGUUUAUGAUGAGGCUGAGUGAUGUCAUCAGUUCCCAGUACACAGACCAGUGGUACACUCUGAAUGAUGUGAAGUCAGGUCGUGUUCACCUGGUACUGGAGUGGGUACCAACAGUAUCAGAACCAGACAGACUGAAUAAGGUGUUGCAGCUGCAGUCUCUCCAGUCCUACCAGAACAAGGCUGUUCCCUCUGCUGCUCUGCUCUUCGUCUACAUGGACAGAGCCCACUCACUGCCUAUGAAGAAGAGUGGGAAGSAGCCAAAGGCUGGAGCUGAGCUUGUUCUGGGAGAGACAACAUAUAGAACCAAGGUGUGUGAUCGCACCAACUCCCCCCAGUGGGAAGAGGCUUUCUACUUCCUGGUUCGUGAUCCCAAAGAAGAGAUGCUCAUAGUGAAGCUGUCCAGUGCUUGGGAUCAGGCGAUGGGUUCUCUGGUGGUACCAGUCAGAGAGCUGCUGUCACAACCAGAUCUGGUCCUGGAUCAGUGGCUGAGUCUGGAUGGAGCCUCUCCUGACAGUCAGAUUCUACUGAGGGCUGAACUCAAGAUUCUGGAAUCUAAAAUGGUGGACCUGAUAGGUCAUGGAAUUCUUCCGUGUGCUGCAAGAAACUGUGGGCAGGUGAAGCUGUCUCUCUCUUAUGCCUCAAAGAAGAAGAAACUGACCAUCACAGUCCACGCCUGCAGGGAUCUGGAGUCGUCCAGUAAAGACGGUCUAGACACRUACGUCUCCCUCAUGCUGCUGCCAGACAAAAACAAGGCCACCAAGAGGAAGACAAGCAUCAAGAAGAGAGACCUCAACCCAGAAUAUAAUGAAAGGUUUGAGUUUGAGCUGUCUGUGGAGGAGGCCAGGCGCAGGCAUCUGAGUGUGUCGGUGAAGAACAGCAAAGCCUCCUUCAGGAGCAGCGAUCUCAUUGMACAGGUGCAGAUAGAGCUGGCUCAGAUUGACCUGGCCUCAGGGGUCACAGAAUGGUUUGACUUGAAACAGGAAGCUGAAUAGUGGAUCUGUCUGCAGCUGUCAUACCUGUUAUACCACAGGGUUAAAGUUCACCUGUACAGCCUAACUCACGCCGAUGCCUUCCCCCACCACUGCUGCAGCCUUCCCUGUCCGCCUGUUAAUGUCUAUCUCUAAAUAUCCACAUAUCAAUAUUAUCACUAAAGACAGGGCUCAAUAGGUCAGAACCUGGAUUGAACCWGGAGAAAGUCUGUAUUAUAUAGUUUAAUCUGAAGUUUAUACCCAGUAUUAAUAGUUAAGUAAUAGUUAUGAAGGUCAAAAUGUGUAUAUACUUAUAAAAAGGUUGAAGGUUAUACCUGCUUAUGAAGGUUACUUUUGAAAUUUACAUUAAUAACUUGUUAGGGAUAUUUGAAGAUCAUGUACGUUAAAGGUUAAUGUACUAAUGAACGAUAGCUACAUGCAUUUAUCUUGCUAAAGUAAUAUAUCAGUAAGGAAGGAGUUAAUAUUAUCAAGGUAAAGAGACUCUUGCCUGAUCCAGGAAGUGAAUAGGGACCAGCAUGCGUUGUCAGUAUACGGUAUCAGAUUGGUAUUAUCAAAUAACUGAAAAAUUGUUAAGUAUGUUAAUACUAAUAGAAGGAUAAUGAGGAAGUAAAAUGUUAAAGUAUAGUAUGAGAGAGAAAAUCAGGUCCGGGACAAGGUAGCACGUCCGGUGAACAGUACAUUUGAACCCAAAUCCUUUACUCAGUGUCUAGUCAGGAACCUCCUUUAUUAAAAGAGAAUUGAUUUUACUUUGCCUUAUGUUAUCACAGAGACUUCUAUAAUAUAUACUGUACCAAUGAUAUAAACAGUACUGCCAUCCAUGCAUUAUCCAUGUGAAAUUCAGCCAAUGAUCAAAGUCACUCUGAUAAUACAGAUUACAGAUACACUUUUGAACCUCAUUGGUCAGUGUCAUGGAGUGUUACCAGUUAUUAAUUUCUAACUAAUACAAAAAAAGUAUUUAUCUGUUGCCAUUUUUAUUUUACUAUUUCAUUGUCAUACAGUUGAUUCAUUCCAUUCCAUUUUUUGCUACAUCAUAUAUUUUUGUUUGCACUUAAGACAUGUUACUUGCCCUUGUGUUACUAUGCUGCUUUGUGUUUUACAUUUGUUUUGAUGUGUAUCUUGUUUUUUUUUACAGCAGUCAAAUAUUUCAAUUUUUUUGUGCAUCUAUUCAUCCUUUCUAGCAGGGUUGUGCUCAAUUCAGAAUGGAAGGAAUGCCUCAAAUUCCAAUAAAAUUUGUGAAUUUUAAUUGAAGUAGUAAACAGGAUAUAUUCUUUGGUAUCCUGAAGUGCGACUUUCAGAUUCAACUUAUGUUUUAUGAGUGAGUAGAAUGUCUUUCAAUUGCACUGAAUUCAAUUCAAAUCUGAAAAAGAAAGAUGAUCAUAAAAUCAGUGUGCAUCGUGGCAGUCAAAUAAACAGUUUUUGCACCC